CCUCGCGCGCGCGCCUUCCUGGGCCUCCUAUUUGAUCGUUCCUUAACGAAACGAAUCGUUACACGCCCUAUUUAUUAUUAUUAUUAUUAUCAUUUUAACAUUUAUUCUCAUUAUUUUAAUCUAUAAACAAUACGCGAGUGUUUUUCAUGAUAUUCGUCAUCGAAUAUUUGUGCGUUUAUAGUAGUAGGUGUUGAAGGAUGAUAUAGUCACGGAUUUAUUACGAAAUAGAUAUAGAAAAUUAGAUAAAAAAAGGGGGGAAAAAGAAAAAAAAGAAAGAGGGAGAGGGAACACGCGUAUACACGCGGCCAUUUUAACUGCGCCGCGCGUUUAACCCACCGGGCCACCCAGUGUGUCGUCGUCGUCGUAGUCAUCGUCGUAGUCGUAGCUGUCGUCGUCAUAGAAGCGCGCGCGCUCUCAAAACCGUGCUGCCAUCGUGUUCGUUUAAGAACUCGACGUUUUUAUUAUACGCUUGCGCAAAAGCUAGUUGCGCACGCGCCAAAGAAUUCGCGCUAACGAUAACAGAAUGAAAUGCGAUCUGUUUGAAAAAAAAAAAAAAAUUCUUCCACACACAGACAGACAGAUGCACUAUUUUUUUGCUUACUCGAUUUUCAUGCAACGUGUUCAACAAUUUGACAUUUUACAGUUAGAUAUAUAUACAUAUGUAUAAACAUAAUAAUAUUGAUAAUAAAAUAGUAGUUUGAAUGCAAUAUUCAUUCGCUAGGAUGCGCAACGAUCGGCGGAAGUGCGAAAAAGAAACGUGCGUGCGUGCGUGCGUGCGUGCAUGCGUGCUUAAACCCGCGAGAAUCCGACGAACAAUCGUCAAGUAUCAUCGUCAAAGUUAGGAUGCAACGUCUCGCGUUCCUCUUUCAAUUUUUUAUCGAUAGAUUUCUAAAUAAAUGGUGUCUCUUCUAGCCCCCUCAUCCACCCAUAUCAAACUUUGACGAUAUUUUUUUUUUUUUUUUGGUAUCAUUACAAACUCAUACGAAAAGUGAGUGUGUCGGAAGAAAACGUGACGAAGACGUGACAGGGUGGUACUAGGGGGCUACGCGAUGAUAACCCGCGUGGAAAAGUCGUCCGCGGUUGUGGAGGAGUGCGUGGAAACGAGAGUAAGAAAGAAAGAAAGAAAGAAAGAAAGAAAGAAAUGUUGGCAGAACAACAUUGCGACAACGAACCCAAGUGGUGGAACGUGGGAAAGCCAACAUAAAAGGCAAGACAGAUGGUUGGCCGUAUUUUGGUGGAAAGCUUUCGAUCAGCUGUCAAUACAGAAACCAAGCUCCCGGUUGAAGAGUACAUGAAAUGUGUUCAUAAGAUAAGCGACGAUCCAGAAAUUGCAAUUCGUUUAGAUUUGGUGGAUCAAUUGCCAUACGCUGCCAUGAUCGUUCGUGAAGCUCCACAUUUAUUUGGUGAUGUUCUUCACAAUGGAAUCCUUAGUAUUAUCAAAAAAUUUCUACUCGAUGUCGACAGUCAAGUACGACAAUCUGCCCAAGAAGCUUUGUUAGUUUUGAUCAAACAUGGAAUGUUAGAAACGAAGAUUAUCGAGAAUGAAAUCUGUCCGAUAGUUGAAGAAUUAUCCCGAAUGACUGUCGAAUACUUGAAUUCCGGCAUUUCUCUCAUGAGUAAAAUGGCACUGCUUAUUGGUAAAGAGCUCACAGAAAAGGUCUUCUUGGAUAGAUACAUCGCUCUUUGCGAAGAUAAUAUAUUUCACGUUAGAAGAAUGUGCGUUUUACAUUUUGGAGAAAUGUGUACAGCGGUUGGAAAGAAAGCUCUACUUCAAAAAUUGUUUCCAGUAUUUGUCCAAUUGUGCCUGGACAGGGUUUGGGGUGUUAGAAAAGCUUGCGUCGACGUAAUGAUGCCAGUUUCCUGUUGCGUAUCUUUUCCUUAUCGUCAAAUAUUAUUGGCAGAUAUUUUAGCAACGCAUUUAAACGACGAUUCUAAAUGGGUACGAACCAGUGCCUUUCAAAUUCUUGGCCCUUUCAUAUCAACUUUUGCUAAACAAUUCACCAAUGUUACUUACAAUCAAGAUGGCGAAUUGGUAUUCACCAGUCAACAACAACAACAACAACAACAACAGGAUGACAAUUUCAAUGCCGAUAAAAAUAACAGUGGUACCGAACGGGAUCUUACGUCUAGCAUACGAUAUUCAUAUGAAGGAAUGUUUCCAACCAAAUGUGCGAUACGCAAUCAAACUUUCGAUUCGGAAGAUUACGACAUUAGAGAUGUAUUAGAUAUUAAUUGUUUGAAGGAAGUUUAUGAGCAAAGUCAAAAAAAUUCUAUGUUUAAUUAUCCUAUCAAAGCACACAAGGUGAAGACGCAAAAGAAACAAAUGACAGAAAAUGAACAAAGUGAAGCAGACGAAGUAGACAAAUUCAAUACGUUUCUUUAUUAUUAUAUACCACCAGAAAUACCUCUCGAUGAUCCCCUAGUCCUAGCCGCUAAAAAGUCUUCAGAAAAUAGUAAAGCGGCUAAUAAUAAUAAUAAUAAUACAAAUGUAGAAAAUAAAAAGGAUGAUAAUAAUACUGCCGAUGCAACGAAUAGUUCAACGAUAGACACAAGAAAAGAGGAAUGUUCGGAUAAAUGUAGUAGCAUUGUCGGUAAUCGAACAUCUAAUCAGACAAAUAAGGAAGAAGAUGAUGAAAAGGAUGAUGAAAAUGAUAAUAGUCGUCCUACUACAUGGUCAGAUGAUAGUGCCGAUACCAUAGAUAUAUCAAAUUUAUCACUAGACAGGAGUAACGUAAAUGGUCCUGCAUUUGACAACAAGAGUUAUGUGAAUUUCAUGCUUCGCAGGAAAUACGCAUCUAAAAAGAAUCAAAAUAUCGUACCUCAAGAUCUAGUUGAUUAUUUUGUAUCAAUGGCUGAGCCCGAAUUAUGCGAAGAAGGAGAAAUUCCGUAUCACUGUGCCUUCAGUUUUCCUGCGGUUGCGUUCACAUUAGGUAAAGCUAAUUGGCCUUAUUUGAGAAAAGCGUAUCAAUCGUUGGCAGGUGCAAAACAAUGGAAAGUUAGACGUACAUUAGCAUCUAGCAUUCAUGAAAUAGCCAUAAUACUAGGCGAAGAAAUUACUGCCAGUGAUCUCGUGCCUAUUUACGACGGCUUUAUUAAGGAUCUUGAUGAAGUUAGAAUCGGUGUUUUAAAGCAUUUAGCUACAUUUCUUAAAAUUCUUAAGCCUACCUAUCGUUGGCACUACUUACCGGGGUUACAUAAUUUUCUUGUCACCGAUAACGAAUGGAAUUGGAGGUUUAGAAAGGAAUUUGCCACUCAACUUCUCGAAGUGGUUACACUUUUCAAUGCUAACGACGUAGCUAAACACAUCGCACCAUUGUCUCUUAAAUUACUCGUCGAUAAAGUUGCUGCAGUUAGACAAAUUGCGCUUACACUGGUAACUCGAAUAGUCUCUCAUCUUUCUACCGAUGAACCUCUUGCCAUGGCACUUAUACAAGAACUCAAAGAAACACUUGCGAUGAAUACAAAUAAAUGGGUUCUCAGACAAACCUAUGCACUUCUUUGUGCUCAAUUAAUUGUCGGCGGUGCUAUUAGUGGAGAAAAAUUCACCAAGGAAAUGUUACCAAGUCUUUUAAAUUUAUCUUACGAUAACGUUCCGAAUGUAAGACUGGCCGUAGCUAGGACAUUAUCACAAAAUGUUAUUACUAUGGGUAUAGACUGGUUAGGUUCCGAAUAUGUAACCGUAGAAGGAAGACUUCAAAGAAUGCGAUCAGAUAUCGAUCGAGAUGUCAGAUUCUUAGCGGAAAUAGAAGAACAUCAUCUCGUCGUACCGGAUGUACAAAUGGAACAAGCUAGAAAUAUAGUAUUUUAAUAUUUUGUCGGUCUCUGUCGAUCUCUGUCGAUAAAUAUUUUCUUCAUGACUUAUAUUAUCGAGGGUAAAGAACAAGAAAAACUGUUAUAUACCAUACUCUGUUGAUUAUACGUGCCCAUUGGUUCUUCCCAUGCAAAAUAUCUUUCGAUCAAAAGAUAUUAGAAGAACUUUUUGAUUAAAUUCAAGAUAAACUGAUUGAAUCAUACUACUACUACUACUACUACGAAGAAGAAGAAGAAGAAGAAGAAGAAGAAGAACAUAAAAUGGGGGGAAAAAGACAUGCGGUCCCGUUUUCCGCAAUUUCAUUUGCAUCGCCACUGAGAAAUCAAGGGAAAAAAAAAUAAACGUAUGAAUGAUAUAAAAAAAAAGUAUGUAAAUGUGUGUGGAGCGCGUGAGAAUGUAUGCGCUUAACAUUGUGAUCAUUACUUUGUUUGUUUUUGUUUUUUUUUUUUUUAAUGUAUAAGAAUGGCUCCUCAGA